UUAGGGAGGAAGGGCAGAGCCCAGAGCUGAGUCUGCUGCUGUUGCUGCUGCUGCUGCUCCUGCUGCUGUUGCUGCUGUUGCUGCUGGUGCUGAGGGUGCAGGCAAGGCUGGAAGCGGUGGGGAGGUGGGUCUCGCGGCUCGGGAACCGGGGCAGCCCCGGGGUGGUACCGAGGCCCGUGGGACAGCUUCUGUGGAGAAGGUGGUGGCUGGAAUCGCGACCUUGGUCAGACCUAGUUCGGUGGUGGACGUAGGGCGGAGGCGGAGGCCGAGCCCGAGCAGGAGUCUUCGGUGAGCCGGAGGGAGGCGCAACUGGCGAUUUGGUACCAUCGGCAGCCCGGGGUCUUGUGCGGCUAGAGAAGCUCAGCGGGACCUGGAGAAAGCCAGCAGAUCUGGAGGGCGUACACUUGACUCCCCGAGCCCAGUUUUAGGCACCAUUGGGAGCUAAGCCACGCGUCUUUUCAGGCAACCAGUUUCACGCGCGCGACAGUUUGCGGGUACCUGGCAUCCCAGAAAUCUUAAGCACGGAGGAGCGGCUAAUGGGAGCCAGAGCCACAUCCCAAACCUAGCUUGGCAGAGGGAUCUGCUGCAGGGUUCAUUGACCUAACCGCCAGGUCAGAGCACCGGCCCCACCCUAAGGGAGGGCGCACCCUGAGCUGGGAAGCGGGUACCGCGCUCCUGAGUUCGUGUCGUGGGCGCCGUCCUAGUGGCGGGGAGCGCACCGCCGAGGGGACAUGAGAUCGGAGAAAUCCCUGACGCUGGCGACGCCGGGGGAGGUCCGUGGGCCGGAGGGGGAGCAACAGGAUGCGGGUGAGUUCCCGGAGGCCGCGGGAGGCGGCGGCUGCUGUAGUAGCGAGCGGCUGGUGAUCAACAUCUCCGGGCUGCGCUUUGAGACGCAGCUGCGCACCCUGUCGCUGUUCCCCGACACGCUGCUCGGAGACCCUGGCCGCAGAGUCCGUUUCUUUGACCCACUGAGGAACGAGUACUUCUUUGACCGCAACCGACCCAGCUUCGAUGCUAUCCUUUAUUACUAUCAAUCCGGGGGCCGCCUGCGGAGGCCGGUCAACGUGCCCCUGGACAUCUUCAUGGAAGAAAUUCGCUUCUAUCAGUUGGGAGACGAAGCCCUGGCGGCCUUCCGGGAGGAUGAGGGUUGCCUGCCCGAAGGUGGCGAGGAUGAGAAACCACUCCCCUCCCAACCUUUCCAGCGCCAGGUCUGGCUCCUCUUUGAGUACCCAGAGAGUUCCGGGCCCGCCCGAGGCAUCGCCAUAGUCUCAGUGUUGGUCAUCCUCAUCUCUAUCGUCAUCUUUUGCCUGGAGACCUUGCCUCAGUUCCGUGCAGAUGGUCGAGGUGGAAGUAACGAGGGUGGUGGGACUCGCAUGUCCCCGGCCUCCAGGGGGAGCCACGAAGAAGAGGAUGAGGAUGAGGAUUCCUAUGCAUUUCCUGGUGGCAUUCCCCCUGGGGGGAUGGGGACUGGAGGAGGAACAUCCUCAUUCAGUACUCUUGGGGGUUCCUUCUUCACGGACCCCUUCUUCCUGGUGGAAACUCUGUGUAUCGUCUGGUUCACUUUUGAGCUCCUGGUGCGCUUCUCUGCCUGUCCCAGCAAGGCGGCCUUCUUUCGCAAUAUCAUGAACAUCAUUGACUUGGUGGCCAUCUUCCCCUACUUUAUCACCCUGGGCACCGAGCUAGUGCAACGGCACGAGCAGCAGUCCAUGAGUAGUGGCAGUGGUCAGAAUGGGCAGCAAGCCAUGUCCCUGGCCAUCCUCAGGGUGAUCCGCCUGGUCCGGGUGUUCCGAAUCUUCAAGCUCUCCCGCCACUCCAAGGGGCUGCAGAUCCUGGGUAAGACUUUGCAGGCGUCCAUGCGAGAACUCGGGCUGCUCAUCUUCUUCCUCUUCAUCGGAGUCAUCCUCUUCUCCAGCGCUGUCUACUUCGCAGAGGCAGAUGAUGAUGACUCGCUCUUCCCUAGCAUCCCAGAUGCCUUCUGGUGGGCUGUGGUUACAAUGACCACGGUAGGUUAUGGGGACAUGUACCCCAUGACGGUGGGAGGUAAGAUCGUGGGUUCACUGUGUGCCAUUGCUGGGGUGCUCACUAUUGCAUUGCCGGUACCGGUCAUUGUUUCCAAUUUCAACUACUUCUACCACCGAGAGACGGAGCAAGAGGAGCAAGGCCAGUAUACCCAUGUCACUUGUGGGCAGCCUACACCAGACUUGAAGGCGACGGACAACGGGCUUGGCAAACCUGACUUUUCCGAGGCCUCCCGAGAACGGCGCCCCAGUUAUCUUCCAACUCCACAUCGAGCAUAUGCAGAGAAAAGGAUGCUCACCGAGGUUUGAGGGAUGCAGGCAGGGCCUGUAGGAAAACGGGAGCUCUGAGCAAGCCACCUCUCAGGCUUCCUUCUCAUGCCCACUCCGCCCGCCAUAGCUCCAGAGGACCUCAACCUCCUUCCCCUGUACCCAGUACAUGGCAUCCUGGACCAAAUAUCUGGACUGUAGACUGUUGCUCGAUCCUCGCAGCAUUCGAGGUUCCUCCACCUUAGUGACAUUUUGGAAAUUUCAACGGUGCCACCCAGUCAUGUCCAUCUGUCACGUGGAUGAGAUACACAUUUCUGACUGACCUUCCCUCAAGACUGAAUUUUCAUACCCGGGUCUUGUACUAUCUCUAGGAAUGGUGACAUCAAUAGACUAGAAAGAAGCUGUACUCAGGUCCCUUCAUUAGUGUCCUUUGUUGGGUCAUGUACCUUCCUUAGUGUCUGGUCACUCGGUCCCUGGCAG